CGGCCGUUUAACGACCACGCCCGCGGCAGAUACAGUACUUUCCCCGAAUCUGCAACCAUGAGGGAGGACUUCAUUACACCACUGCAUUUCAGUUUUCACCCCUCUUCAUCUCUUUUAUCAUUAGAAAUAAAGCUGACCCCAUCAUAUCCUGUCCGCCACUGUGAUUCUCUCUCGUUCUCUUGAAAAUCGAAAAUUCCCGGACGCGGAACACGAUGCAACGUUACGAUUCUUCUUUUUCUCCCCAAAGUUAGGGUUUGAGUAUCCAAGAAUUCAUCAGUCUCUUUGCCUUCUUGAUUCAUAGUGUUUUCUUUCCCACUUCCUCUCUCUCAUCCUUCAAUUUCACAGUUUCUGGGUGGAUACUCCGUAGUUUAUCCUAAUACUUGCUUCCAAGAGAAAACUUUCAUUUGCAACUUCUCGCCCUUUCUCCUCCAGUUUCCAGGAAUCUUAUUGAUUUUGUGAUUGAGGAUUUGGAAAGCUUAUAUAGUACUACGGAGUAGAGAGGAAUCCUUUGAUUUUUUUUAUGUAUAAUUAAACAGAACAAGGGGUUUGAGAUUUGUUGUACACGGUUUUAAUUGGUUGAAUGCUUUGCCAUUGUGUUUUGUUUUCUGAGAUAUUGGUUGUUCAUUUCUUGUCUGUGGAUUUGUUCUGUACUUUAUGAAAGUAUGGAUUUUGACAAUAAGUCGCCCUCCUCCAGUGGCCAGUUCAAGUGCUGCGAGUGUGACUGCAACUGUUCUUUGGUGAAUGGGCCCUUCUCUGGUACCUGGUUACGUUCUGUGAAGCGAAAGCAUGAAGAGUGUGAUGAUACCACACAUAAAAACAUCUUACCUGAGACAGCAAGGAUUGGGAUAUGGGAUGAAUGUGUUGCCCUUCGUGAAAUGGUCUGCAGCCAGCAGCUUAACAUUCAAGCCUUGAGAAUGGAGUUGGAUGAGGAGAGGAGUGCUGCCUUCUCAGCAACCAACGAGGCAAUGUCAAUGAUCUUGAAGCUGCAAAGAGAAAAGGCAGAGAUUCAGAUGGAAUUUAGGCAAUUUAAAAGAUUUACUGAGGAGAAAAUGGCACAUGACCAGCAGGAGCUAGCUGCUCUGGAGAACCUGUUGUACUCCAGGGAGCAAGUAAUCCAUUCACUGGCAUGUGAGGUUCAAAGGAAUAAACAGAAGAUUACCAGUUUUGAGUUCACAGAGCCAGAGGCUUAUAAUGACUGUAGUCAUUUGUGUGGCAUUGAUACAAAUAAACCCGAGAUGUUCAGCAGUGAUUUCGAAUUCCCUCCCUCAAAUUACCCUUCAGUAAAAUGCUUCACUCAGAAUCAUACUGACUCUGACAAUGAGGUUGUGGACAUUGAGGAACAACUGUCUGUGAAGAUCAUCCCACCUUCACAAGAUCAAUUGCAUGAUCUGGAAUCUCGGAUCAACCAGUUGGAGAAGAGUUCAGGGACAAGUCAUCCUCCUGAUGGUGAGUUUUAUGAGAAAGACAUGAUAGAAAAGGUGAUGAUGCGUACAUUCCUUCCAACAAAUGAAGCUAUCGAUGCUGAACUUGAAACAGUUGGUGCUGCAGAGGAACAAGAAUGUUCAAACUUCAAGGAAGUUAAUAAUGACAUUAAUGAAGUUGAAGAUGAAGAUGAAGAUGCAAGUGUCACGAGUGACCGAGUUUACACAAUUGAUUCCGUUCACCAAGGAGCAGCAUGCGGUAGUGUAACAAAUCCUAAAACAUCUAUAGAGAUAGGUGAUGGUUAUACAACAAAUCCAAGGGAUUUAUUGAACUAUACACGUAUGGAAAAUUCUGAUAUAACGAAGUUGUAUGUGAGGCUUCAAGCACUAGAGGCUGAUAGGGAAUCUAUGAGGCAAACAAUUAUUUCAAUGCAAACUGAGAAAGCUCAGCUGGUUCUGCUGAAGGAGAUCGCGCAACAGUUUUACAAAGACAUGUCACCAGCAAGGAGAGCACCUGUGAGAAGGUCAUCUAUGACCUGGAGCUUUUCAAUCCUCUCAGUAUUCAAGUGGAUGAUACCCUCUUUCUUCUGGAAACCAAGAGCACGCCGAUGCAAGUAUAUGUUUGGAAUGUCAGGUAGCUAUCCAGGAUUGCUAAUACUUUUGUACAAGGGGCCUCGUGUAGGGCAGUGGAGAUGUAUUACAAGCACACAAGUCUAAAUCCAGUUGUACACUUGAUGAAUCUCGCAACUGUCUUAGUCUGUUAAGGGGCUUGUUUUUGUAAUUCGGAAUUGCCAGGGACCAUUUGGUAAUGUGAUCCAAGUUUGGGGGAAAUAGAUGUACUCCAAGGUCCCUUAUUUGUAAGUCCAUUUUUGUAUAUUGCAAGUAGUAAAGUUAGGGAAACAAUUUGUAUACAUUCAUAGGUAAUGUAGUAUACCAGUCUCAUUCUUAGCUGUUAGAGUAUCGUACAAUAGACAUAAUGGUUGUUUGUUUUUACAUGCUUGUUAUGUGCAAAUGAUGUUAUGAUGAUCACACGAUGGUACAUGCAGUUGUUUUA